CCAUGUCGACUGGUCGCCCAUCCGGUCAAAGGUCGCACUCUGCUGUGAGAAGGCAAGCAGCUACUAAGCCCAAUCCUUCCCAAGCUUCGUUCACGCCUGAUCCUGACACCGAGUUUCAACCUUGUGCCGCGACCGCCUCAUUCUUCCUCUACGCUCAAAGAAACAUUGUUCUCUGUCUGCACCACGAUACAUUAGCGAUAGAGCGACGCUUCGAUCGACAUCAAGAAGACGUACUUUGGAUAUGUGCAGACACUGUCAGUGAAAGAGGUGCAGGCCGUUUGGCUGUCAGUUAUGAUGCAGGGCAUACUGCGAUUGUUUGGGACAUUUCAACAGGAGAUGAGAUUGCUCGCUUCGCAUCAUACGAACACAUUAGAGUGGCAGCAUGGAUGAAAAAUGGGAAUAUCGCUUUCGGUAAAUGCGCAAUGCCAUCGAGUGUGAGAGGCUGUUCUGACAAGUAUCCAGGAAACGCCCAAGGAAACAUAAUAUUGUUCGAGCCUUCUACGUCCGAGCACAUAUCAGCUCAUGGCGACCUUAGAGUCUGGAGCAUACCAAAGACAGCUGUCGUUGGAGAAACACCAAACAUUAUUCGGAUACUGAGUCGAUUGGAGAGUAGAAGUUUAGGACCUUGCUGGUUCUCAUGGUCGAAAAAUGGCCGCAUCAUUCAAUACACGGAUNNGGAGACACGCUCUUGGGACGUCCGCACCAAAAACGUGAAUUUCCAAACCGUGCCGACUGUUGAUGCUAUCAUCGGCAUUGCAUGUUAUGGACCGUCUUCAACACUAUUCACCCUUGGACAGAAUCACACGGUACAACAGUACGAUGUGAACCCAAGCGAAGCCCCCAUACAAGUCGCUAGUAUACAGCAUGCUCCUGGUCCACUUCCGCCAUCNCCCACCGAAUUCGAUCGAAGAGCAAAAGAAGGAAGAGACGGCCAGAAGACAAGCCGCAGCGAGCGCUGCUCCNNAUUAUCUUUUGCCUACGUGGAUGCAGACUCGAGCGAAGGCGAGUUAGGCACAAUGUCUCCACUCGAGAAGAUCGCAAAAGAGAUGGAUCAACUAGAGGACGAGAAACAAGACCGACUUGGCGCGCUCAGUCCAACAUCUAGCAGAGCCUCAUCGGCAAGCUCUCGAUCAUCCAAUGGAGGACGCAGAGUGCCGUCAUAUCGUUACGACAAAGCACCUUCUUCACGAGCCUCCGAGGUUUCCUACAAUGAGGGAACCGAGUUCUCNAUUGGUCUACCAUCGAUAAAGCCUCGCGAAAGCAUCUCUAUCCGCUCAACAUCUUCUUUUCGUUCCUCGGGCCUACGAAAAGAAGUCUUGAGAAGCCCAGACGAGGUCCAGCAGACGUCACAAAUGGACCUUUUUCCUUACGCUCGGGCAAGACUUCGAGACGUCCCCUUCAGAACUCCUCAUUAUGGCCAAGCUGCUCGCACUUCCGACAUAUUACGGCAGGAGAUGUUAAGUGUAGUGUUCGGAUGGAACGACGACAUUGAGUCUCUGACAGUCACGAGACAAAGACCAGGAUCGGCAAGCAGCGUACUUCUCUCGAAAUGGCUUGGUGAAUUUGGCGCAGACACAAUGGCUGCUAUGGUGGGCUCUGAAAACAUGACUUCUUCCGACUGGAUGUUACUCGCUUUAAGCUCUAUGGGCCCGUCUUCUGGAAAACAGGUUGGCCAAGCAUUUGUCCAGAGACUGUUAGAAAAGGGUGACAUCCACCCUGCAGUUGCGGUGCUUUUGGGAUUUGGCGAACACGAUGAUGCUAUCGAAGUCUACGUCUCUCGUGGCUACUUUAUGGAAGCAAUCCUUCUGACUUGUCUAAUCAUGCCAUCAGAUUGGCAGAGACAAUCCUACCUCGUUCGCAAGUGGGGUGAAGCUUCUGUCAUGCAAGGUCAGCCAGAACUCGCGGUCCGCUGCUUCUCAUGCACAAGUCUCGAAAGCUCAGAUUCCUGGUCUUCGCCUCGAGCACAAGAUGCAACCUUCUCCAGUACAAGAGAACAGGGUAUUGGUCCUUCUCCUCUGAGCCCGCCACUUUCUCCGCCAUUUGCUGUUCGUUCGAAUCGGAAAAUGACGCGAAAUGGAUCGCUCAAACUCAUCACAACAUUUGGUGAAAAGGGAGCCCCUCUCGUCCUGCCUUCCGCAGAUCAAAGGACACCAAUGGCAGGCAUACUCGGUAUGGGCGUUACACCGAUAGCUGAGUCCGCCAUCUCGCCUGGUGGUGCAGCACCUUGGCUUCGAUCUGGUAGCAGAUUUGACCGAGAUCCGUCGUCCGCGAGAACAGCUACGCCUGGUGGAUAUGCAAGAAAACAGCUGCCUUCCAGGAGUGGAAUAUCAAGAACGCGAGAUACGUCACAGACUCCUCUAACAGCCCGUAGAGAGGUAUCAGGGCCAACACACAUGACCGAAAUAUUAGAGCCCAAGCGAAUCGGUCACGGUCGCCACUCUUCGUCUGUCAGCUCGAGUGAGAAGUUUCAAAGCUUGGAACCGGCGCCAAGGCAGCCUUCACAGCCAGAUCGCUUACCAUCCCCGAGUAAUGAUGUUUUUGCGCGCCUGAAGAAUGAAACGCGUGCUAGGAACGGCUCACGAGAGAGAGCCAACAGCGAUCUCCAUGUACAAAUCUUCGAUACGGCCUACAUGCCAACGCAACCAUCCCAAAGUUCUGCCGCCCAGUCCGGCCAUCCCGAUCCUUUCACAGAUUCCCAUCAGAAGCAGCAGAAUCACCCAGAGUACAUAUCAGAUUAUCGUGGACGGUCAGCAAAGCGAUAUAUUGGUGCACCCAAAAGAUCACCAUCAUCGCCGAUCCCCAUGUCACCUGACGAAGUUAUGGCCAGUCGAGCGCUGGCCGCAGCUGCUAAGGCAGACGAGUCUUACUACAGGGAGCCGACGCCACAAAACAAAACUUUCGGUGCAGGCCACGCUCCGCGAGCGAACAGCCAACCCCUGAAUAGGCAGAGGGACCCUAACCAGAUGGAACAGCGACUUACGGUCAACAGUCGUGACAAAAGCGAAUCUCGUACGCCCGCAACACCUUUCCCUUGUUCACCAUCGGUUUCUGCUGCGACAACUAAUGAAUCUGUCUUCAUGAGAAGUGGGUCCCGACAGAGACCACAAGUUAGCAGGAACAGAGCAGCAUCUGUACAAGAUGACAUUGAGUCCCAGAUCCAGACCGAUAUUGUCUCUGAAUAUCCUAGAAAGAGCCUCGAUGAAGACAGCUCUACUUCUGAGAAUCCAAAUGAAGGAGUCGUGUGCCGCAGAGAUCUCCAAAGUCUGACCAAGAAGCAACUAGCCGCUCGAGAGCUCGAGGAAAGGCGCGCUUCCUUAGCUAGGCGUCCGUCUGCACCAGCGAUACCCUUGCCUAGCGAUGUCAAGACGCCUACAAAAAGGCCUUUCAUGGCUCCUCGACAUCAUACCGAGCUCGGAGAUACUCCCAGCUCUUUCAUGCCNCCCUAUCCUGCCGGUCAGAUCACUCGUAGUCAUACGGCUGAUCCAGAAUCCAAGGGUCGCUUUCCACCUACAAAGAGCACGGGUACCUCAACGCCGACAGCGCCGAUUGGACUACCAGCUACCCCAAGAGCUAUGAGACAUCCAAGAUAUAUGUCUGCUGAUCCCAACGAACAUGAAGGAGUGCCUGCUGUUCCUCAUAUUCCUGAGACUCCACCUCAGCUUACACCUGCUACAUUCCAACAAAGUUCACCUUCAUCAACAUCUGCUGAAGAUGAUCAAAUCGCCCCUCUUCUUCCUUCGACGGUUUUUGGGCAGUCAGCACCUCUGUCUCCACCACGUUCUUCGUCGGCACCGCCCGAAAUGAACAUGGACGGCACUCCAUGGCAUUACAAGACGGUGCUGCCGCACUCUUCUCGACGAGGAUCCGUCAUCAAAGGUACUCACGUCCGUAAAGUCACACCCACAGAGAAUACCUUCAAUCCUCAACAAAGUCCUUCGUCAACCAGGCCUAGCAUUGACCAGACUCUGCACGACGCCCAAAUCGUGAUCGUAGAAGACUCAGAGUUGAUGCUGCCAGAACUUCAGCAUCUUGCAGGCCCNCCACCUCCGCCUCCGCCUCCAAUGAUGACUCAUGGACGAGGUAGCGGUCUUGGUGUUAUCAACAUAGCUAUUGGAGAAGAAGAGCCCUCGCGUACCAAAUCACCACCCAUCGAUGCAUAUGCGCCUUCACCCUAUGAGACAGUACUACCUAGCAUGUUCUCCAGACAACAAACCCAACCUGACGGUAGCAUCUCUCGGGCGAAAUCCCCUUACGAACCAUCUCCCAUCACAACCAGUGCCGCGGCUUCCGAAGCGUCGCUCUCGUUACAGAACGCAAUGCCACCACCACCACCUCCUCCUCCUCCUCCGCCAGCACCACCUUUGUUCGUCGAACAGCCUGAUAACUCUGGUACCCCAAGCCAAGGAUAUACUCACCCUCGGGAAAUUCGAGCGAAUAUGCCAUCCGAGACUCUCUUAUCAUCAGGAGUGUACCAACCGGACAACAUGUUC